AUUUUCUAAUUACUUGCAAGACAACAAUGUAAAUCAAAAUGUCAUAACAAAAAGAUUUCCAAUACCACGGCAACAAAAACACAACCUUCAUAAACAGCUGUGAUGUGUUCGGUUGCUAAUGUCCCGAGAUGCUUUAUAUUUCUGCUGAUUUGUGUUUGAAAUAUGAAGCUUUAAUGUCUGAAAGACACGUUUCUCUAAUGGUUCACUAAAGGAUUCAGACUUAGCGAUCGCUUAUAUGGCCAAAAGUAUGUGGACACGUACUUUACAUCCUGGUCUGCUGCCGCAUGUCAUUCUAUAACAAUGAAGAUCACUGGUUGGUUGACCUGCUAUAACCUGUGAUCUGUGCUCAUCAGGUGAUAUUGUUUUGUUUUAUUUGAAGUUUAUUGUGUCAGUUAACGUCAAUGAAACAUUAUACAUUUCUUGUUAUUUAAUAAACAAUGAUAUUGUUUUAUUUUAAUGAGUCGCAGGCUAAAAAGGCUGGAGACCAAACACAUUCAUGGCAAAUGAAAGAAUACAGAAUCACCAAGUCACAAUAAAAGCCUUUAAUGACCUGUAAAUGUAAACUUAAUCUAUUAUUAUCUUAUAUAAUCCACAGAACAGGAUCCAGUCACUACUUCACCCUCGACCUCCCUCAGGUUCACACCAACACUGACACAACUGCUUCCAGGUGCUUUGCACCGUUUGAAUGGGUUUGUGAUCGGAGAUUUUAAAUCUUUAUUAUUUGAUGUAUUUUAUAGUGAAUGUUUUUGUUAAUUCUUUGUUUCUUUGUUGUUGAUCGUCUCGUGUGUCUGUUUCUUGUUCUCACACCGUAAAAAAAAAUCCUAAUUUUAUGGAAAAUAACUGUUUUCUAACAGUAAUUUUCUGUUUUUUAAAAGUGUGAACCAAAGUCUGUAAAAUGACAGAAAUGAUGUGAAUUAACAGCCAAACUUCUCCUUUAAGCAUCAUACCAAUAAUAAUCAAUUACAUUUAUUUCCCAUUUCUGUAAAGACAAGUUACUGUUUUAUUUAUACAGUAUUUUUUCUUCUUUCUUAAAUUACAAUUCAUUAUAGGAACCUUAACAGGCAGAUAGACCAAUGGAGAAAUGCCAGUUUUAGUUCUUCAGAUCAUCCCGGGGCUCUGAAGAACUAUUUGUGAAUAAUUGGUUGAUAUUGUAAAUUUACAUCUGAAUAUAUUAAAUAAAAGUGUUAUAAAGUCAAUAGUGGUGCGUAUGUUAUUUGUAAUUAAGUUUCCAACCCCACUUUAGUUGAAAGACUAAAUACAGAGACUUAACAGUUUAAUUUGCAUUUCUUCAGUUUAUUAUAUUUUAUGAGAAAUGUAAGAAAAUUAAUCUGAAUCUGAAUCAUUAAAUAUUGUAUUUAGAUUGAGCUUCUACAGGUUUUAACAUUACUUUACACUUAAAGAUUCAAUAUUAACACAAAUACUGUUGAAGUUUGAGAUGAUUUUAAUGUUUUACACAGUAUUUCUUACUUUGUCUUCAAAACAAAAGGUUUACUUCACAAUAUUAAACAUGUGUUAAUAUUUCAUUGAUUGACACUUAAUUUUAUUAUUAGGAAAAAGUUUCUCUGCAGAAACUUUAGUGGCGUCACUUUAUUGAAGGAGUUUGAUCAGAAUCAUUUAGGAAAAAUCUGUAAAUUAACAGUUUUUCUCUGUAGAAAUAUUAAUGAAACUUUCUGUAAAGAUAUUGUUUUUACACUUUAUUUGAAUUAGGACAUUUUACUUUAAUUUUACGGUUUUUGUUUCAUUUGACCAUUUUUUUCAGGAUUUCUUUUUUACAGUGCAGGUCUCUCAUUUUAAUCUCAACGAAACUUCCUGAUUGAAUCCAGAUUAAAUUAAAAUUUAAAAAAUGAACUGUACAGUUUCUCUCCAGUUUGAAAACUGAAAUUAUAACAAUGACAAUUAUAAAAACAUAUAAUCUCUUAUGGGAAUUCCAUCAGUCCAACCUGCAGCAGAGGCGCGCGGCCACUUGGGGGCGCUGCUGUCCAAGGCCAGUGGCUUUAGCAUCACAGGCAUUUUCAUAGAAUAAUUGAGUUCAGAUUAGAAAAUGAUGAAAAGUCUCCGGGAGCAGUUUGAGUUCCCGCUCUCACCUCCACGUCCAUAAAUCCCAUCAGUCUGAGGAGCGAGAUGAAGGCGGCCGCACGUCGAGUCUUAACGUCUCCGCCUGAACUGUAAAUAACAACAGUGAUUGAAGGAACUUCUUCUCUCCUGGGUCACAGAGGCAGCAACAGAUCUUUAAAUCAAAGCUCGUGAAGGAAAAGAAAAGUCACUUCUCCAUCUCUCAAAACAAACAACAACAACAACAACAACAACAACAACAACAACAGUUAUCAUCCAGAAAUAUGAAAGAAGCUUCCACUGAUUGUCUGGAUGGAUUAUUUGGAUAAUAGCGGCCAUUUUUUCCCGCUCCUUCAUCUUCAUUUAUUGUCCAUUCACAUUCUAUGUAAUCUCACCCUUUGUCUCGCUCUCUCUCUCCUGUGCAUGUGCGUGUGUGUGUGCGCGCGCGCGUGCACACGUGUAGAGAAAGAGAGAAACGCUCAAGAACACAGAAGAUGCCAAAACGCAUUUGAAAUCGACAGAACAUUUCUUCAUGCUGCGUAAUUACGCACGGUCAUCCAUGGACACGCGCUCUGUCCUUGCCAAGAUAUUUGCAGCAGUAAGAACUCCAGGAGAUUUUUGUUUGUGUUGCACGUUCAGACACACGGUACCCGGCAGCCUAUAGGCUACCCAACACGUCUUUUGACGUCACACAUCAACUUUUUUCGUGAUAUAUGUGCGCGCACUGCGGUUUUUAAGUUUCAGCUUUCGUGCACAUCAGGGCUGAAGCGCGUGAUGGAAUCCAGAGUGUCCACAGACAACAGGAAAUCAAAUGGUAUUUUAUAGGUCAGGUAUUUGGGGAAUAUGCCUGCGGCGCGCCACGUGCGUAAUGACGAGUGUGGCUCUAAAUAGAAGAAUUAAGGCGUCGAGGCUUUAUGGAGGGAAAAACGGCAUGUCAGAGUAGCUCACCCUGAGGGGGGGCUGCUGAAAGGAAUUACUCAUUUCUCACAUCAGCACCGGCACAUCUGUGCGCGUGUAUGUCACCCCCGGACCGCUCUCCAUGUCCAUGGAUGAAAAGGAACCGGGGGCAGCACAAUGGUUGUUGCGGGAGCGAGUAACGGAACCUUCGGUGGCGGGAACAUGAGGUCGUCGAUCAUGAUAGAGGACAGAGUCGGCGGUGGAGAUCCCGGGGGCUCCACCACCAUGAUGGUCUCGGAGGCUCUCGCGCCCCGGCUGCUGAAGAUUGCGCAGGGCGCCGCAGAGGCGGCAGCGGCAGCGGCGGCAGCGGCAGCGGCAGCGACUUCUCCGUCCACCUCCAGUCAACCGCUGGUCAUGGAGACGAACGGGACGCGGUGCGGCGAGCAGAUCCUGAGCUACGGCCGGGUGGAGAAGGUCCUGAUCGGAGGGGUGCUCACCAUGCUCACGCUGUCCACCAUCUGCGGGAACCUGCUGGUGGUCAUCUCCGUGUGCUUCGUCAAGAAGCUGCGCCAGCCGUCCAACUACCUGAUCGUGUCUCUGGCCGUGGCCGACCUGUCGGUGGCUCUGGCCGUGAUGCCGUUCGUCAGUAUCACGGACCUGAUCGGCGGUCAGUGGAUAUUCGGACAGUUCUUCUGUAACGUUUUUAUCGCCAUGGAUGUGAUGUGCUGCACCGCGUCCAUCAUGACUCUGUGUGUCAUCAGCAUCGACCGGUAUUUGGGCAUCACCAAACCUCUGACCUACCCCGUGCGGCAGAACGGCUGCUGCAUGGCCAAGAUGAUCGUGUCGGUGUGGCUGCUCUCCGCCUCCAUCACCCUCCCCCCUCUGUUCGGCUGGGCGCAGAACGUCAACGACGGCAGGGUCUGCCUCAUCAGUCAGGACUUCGGCUACACCGUCUACUCCACCGCCGUGGCGUUCUACAUCCCCAUGUCGGUGAUGCUGAUCAUGUACUACAGGAUUUACCGAGCUGCCAAACUCAGCGCCGCCAAGCACACGAUCACCGGCUUCCCCAGGGAAAGGGAGUACGGAGCAGGGGUGGCUCCGAGAGGGGGGCGAGGGGGGCACGGGCCUCACCGGCCGACUGAGUCAGGAGAAACAGGAAGUGUGGAAGGGACAGAGCAGGAGGAGGAGGCGGAGGAGGAGGAGAGCUUGGACUGCGUGGCGGCGGCGUUGAAGCUCCAGCGCGAGGUGGAGGAGGAAUGCAGCUCACGCGUCUCCCGCCUCCUCAAGACCGGCGAGCACCACCAGCGCCGGAAACAGAAAAACCAGUCCAUCUUCAAACGGGAGCAGAAGGCCGCCGCCACUCUGGGCAUCGUGGUCGGCGCCUUCACCUUCUGCUGGCUGCCGUUCUUCCUGGUGUCCACCGCCCGGCCGUUCGUCUGCGGCGUGGAGUGCAGCUGCGUGCCGCUCUGGCUGGAGAGGACGCUGUUGUGGCUCGGUUACGCCAACUCCCUCAUUAACCCCUUUAUUUACGCUUUUUUCAACCGCGACCUGAGGACGACGUACAGCAACCUCCUGCGCUGCCGCUACAGGAACAUCAACAGGAAGCUGUCGGCGGCGGGAAUGCACGAGGCGUUGAAACUGGUGGAGAAACCAGACACUGAUGUGUAAAGCUGCUGCAGACAGCGAUGGGGGGGGGGGGGCACCCAGUGAUACUCAGAGACCGCCACUCCAUAACGUGCGUGAUGAUGCUGCGGCGUGGGGAGGCAGGAUGCUGUGAUUACAUGGCGCACAGUUCAGGCCUGUCAUUGGCUGGAAGGUUAUUCUUCUGAGGACCGAGACAAACGGCGUGGAGGUGGAACUCACGGCUCCUGAACGUCACUACAGUCCAACACCUGGAAUGAAGCUCCACAGUCUUUGAACGUGUUCCGAGUUAAACUCCGCCUCUCGAAACUUUCUAACUCAAGGAAACUUUUCCUCACUGAAAAUAAAAGAAACGGAGGCUGAAACAGCGAGCGUCUGUAAUUAUCACAGUGACUGUAAAUGUUGCGUCGGUGGACGAGCUUCAAAGCUUCUCUGCUCUCUGACGGUCCGGUCGCCUGAUGCCACUUCAUGAGUUCGUCUUUCACAGAUGCUGUUUCUGUUUUCUCUGUAUCACUGUGUUGAAUGUGUCGAACUCCUCGGGCCUCCACAUGAAAACAGCUCAUCGAUCCGUCUGUUUGAUAAUCAGACAGCUCGCUCGCCCAGGAGACGGCGUGAAGGUCGAGCGCAUGGCGGUACGGAGACUAACGAGCGGGAGGUAGAGACCUGAAUGUGACCGCGCCUCUUCCUCAGUUUCCUUCAAAGGUUUCAAACCUGGUGUUGUAUCUGAGCCACGCUCAUCAUGGCAACGUUAGAUAGAUAUAAACUUUGUAGAUGAUGGACGAGGAAGCAAAGACAGAAGAUACAGCAUCAUAAUGUCGCUCAGUACGUCACUCAAUACCUCAUGACACAGGCGUUAACGGAGGGUCCACUUCUGUUCUUGUACCAUAUUAUUUAUUUCAUUGAAACCGAGUCCAGGACUUUUUCUUUAACUCGUUAUGAGUCUAACAGU